AUGCAAAAGUUUGGAGGAAAUGAAGAAAGCUGAACUGGAAGCGGGAGCGCUCAGCUGAGACAGGACGUGUAGUCGAUAGUCGAGCAGCUAACAGGUUUCUGGAAGUUUCCAGCAGCUUCUCGUGUUGACGCACAGGCGGGAGGGAAGGCUCGAGGCUGGCCGGCGGUCACGCGUACUCGGAGCCGCCACCACUUGCAGAUAUUCUCGCUAGUUGAGCUCCGCGACGGGUCGGUGCUCCUGAAGGCUAGCUAGCUAACGCGGGCUCCAGAGGCUAAAGCUAGCCGUUGCUACGGCGUCUAGCUAGUUGCUGUUGCUAACGCUGUCAUGUUCGGCUGCUUGGUGGCCGGCAGGCUGGUGCAGACCGACGCGGUCCAGGUGGCCGGGGACAAGUUCGUCUUCAACCUCCUGGAGUACGAGAGCGUCAACCACGUGGUGGUGUUCAUGCUCGGCACUGUGCCGUUCCCGGCCGGCAUGGGCGGGGCGGUCUACUUCUCCUUACCUGACCCUUCGAGCGGGGCGGUGUGGCAGCUGCUCGGCUUCAUCGCCAACGACAAGCCCAGCGCCAUCUUCAAGAUCUCCGGGCUCAAGGCGGGCCAAGGCGGGGCGGCGCACUCCUUCGGCGCCGUGGCCUGUUCCCCCUCCGUGGCCCAGGUGGGCGUGUCGGUGGAGCCGCUGGAGCUGCUGGCCCAGCAGACCCCGGUGUCCGGUGCCGCCGCCGCCACCACGGACACGCUGCGGCUCUUCACGCAGAGGAUGUUGGACAGUUUGUACAACUUCGCGUCGUCCUUCGCCGUCACGCAGGCGCAGAUGACGCCCAGCCCGAGCGAGACCUUCAUCCCGGCCAGCUGCGUCCUCAAGUGGUACGACAACUUCCAGCGGAGGAUGAACCACAACCCCAACUUUUGGAAGAACUGAACCGGGUACACCGCACCUCACGCGGCUUGUAGACCAGGGGUGCCCGAAGGGCGGCCCGCUCAUUUUGGAACAUUCGAAAAAUACUCUUGAAAAAACCAGCAAGAAGUGCAAAUGUAACGAGAAAAAGUUGCAAAGUCGAAUAAUUUCAAACAGUUAACUUUUUUUUUAAACUGCUCCAAAAAUAAUCAUGAUUUAAAAUAAAUGUUAUGAAUUAUUGACCUAUUCACAGCUUUGAUUACAUCACAUCAAAUAUUACAUACGUUUUGGGGGGGCGAAAGUAUUGCAUAUUUUGUGUGUUUGCCACAUACACUAUAUUGCCAAAAGUAUUUGACCAUUGACUGCACAUAUGAACUUGAAGUGCCAUCCCAUUCCUAAUCCAUGGGUUCAAUAUGAUGUCGGUCCACCCUUUGCAGCUAUUAGAGCUUCAACUCUUCUGGGAAGGCUGUCCACAAGGUUGCGGAGUGUGUUCAUAGGAAUUUCCGACCAUUCUUCCAGAAGCGCAUUGGUGAGCUGAUGUUGGUUGAGAAGGCCUGGCUCUCAGUCUUUGUUCUAAUUCAUCCCAAAGGUGUUCUAUCGGGUUCAGGUCAGGAUUCUGUGCAGGCCAGUCAAGUGCAUCCACACCAGACUCUGUCAUCCAUGUCUUUAUGGACCUUGCUUUGUGCACUGGUGCACAGUCAUGUUGGAAGAGGAAGGGGCCCGCUCAAAACUGUUCCCACAAGGUUGGGCGCGCGGAAUUGUACAAAAUGUUUUGGUAUCUUGAGCAUUCAAAGUUCCUUUCAUUGGAACUAAGGGGCCAAGCCCAACUCCUGAAAAAGAACCCCACACCAUAAUUCCUCCUCCACCGAAUUUCACACUCGGCACAAUGCAGUCUGAAAUGUACCGUUCUCCUGGCAACCUCCAAACCCAGACUGGUCCAUCAGAUUGCCAGAUGGAAAAGCGUGAUUCAUCACUCCAGGGAACACGUCUCCACUGCUCUAGGGUCCAGUGGCACCACUGCAUCCCACGCUUUGCAUUGGACUUUGAUGCUGCUGCUCGGCCAUGGAAACCCAUUCCAUGAAGCUCUCUGCGUACUGUAUGUGGGCUAAUUGGAAGGUCACAUAAAGUUUGGAGCUCUGUAGCAACUGACUGUGCAGAAAGUCUUUGCACUAUGCGCUUCAGCAUCCGCUGACCCCUCUCCAGGGGCGCCGCUAGGGGUUUUGGGCCCCAUGAAAAGAAUCUUUACAGGGCCCUCUGUAUUAUGAUUUCAUCAUCAUUAGGGGCCUCUCUGGGCCCCCCUACAUCAUGGGCCCCUAGAAUCAGUCUCCUUUACCCCCCCUUUUCGGCGCCCCUGCCCCUCUCUGUCAGUUUACGUGGUCUACCACUUCGUGGCUGAGUUACUGUUGUUCCCAAACGCUUCCAUUUUCUUAUAAUAAAGCAGACAGAGCGAGGAAAUUUCACGACUGGAUUUGUUGCACAGGUGGCAGGCACCCUAUGACAGUUCCACGCUGGAAAUCACUGAGCUACUGAGAGCGACCCUUUCUUUUCACAAAUGUUUGUAGCAACAGUCUUAGGCCUAAGUGCUUGAUUUUAAACACCUGUGGCUGAUUAGGACACCUGAUUCUGAUCAUUUGGAUGGGUGGCCAAAUACUUUUAGCAAUAUAGUGUAACAAACUGGGUUUACUUUGACAAAAAGGGCAUAAAACAUACAAAAUUAAAACAAAUAUUAAACCAAUUGACAAGGUAGAUCUGAAGUUAAUCUCAAGAAUUAAGUGUAUAAAAUGUUUGACCUAUUUUUAACCCUUUUAUGUGUGGGACCCUUUUGGGUCCCCAAGAAUGUUAGUGUGAUUUUUUUUUUUAAAUUGUCGUUGUUCAAAAUAAUAAUGAAUUAAAAUCAAUUUGUGAUUAAUUAUUGACAUUUUUAACAUCAAAUAUUUCACUUUGAACAUUUUGUGAGUGGAUAUAUUACAUAUGUUAUGCUUUUGCCAUAAAUAACAGGGUUUUGACAAAAAGGGCAUACAUAAUAGAAACAUAAUUUUAGUGACAUUUUUUAAACUGUCAUUGCUAAAAAAUAAUGAAUUAAAAUCAAGGUUGUUAUGAAUUAUUGACAUAUUUAAGGCUACAAUUACU